UCCCAUUUCGCCCAUUGUCACGUGACUUGCAAACGUAUCUGAAAGACCGCGGACCGGAUCGGAUUGCAUUCGAAUGUCGAUAUUUAUUUGUGGUGACAUUUUGUUCGAUCUGGAUUAUAUGGUAAGGUGGGAGUAGAAACUUCCCUAACAACACGUCAAACACACUCCCCGUAUUGAGAUCGGCCAACACAUGUAGACAAUGUCGCUAAUAUACCAGGAUCGCCCGUUCUGCAGCUACGUUAACGUCGGCCUCGUUACCUGAGAGUAAUGUCAGUGACCAAAAUGGCGACGGCGAGACCGGCGACACGAGAGGUCCGCAACAAUUACACAGGCCCGUACGGCAGGAGCCCCAUCACGCACGUCGGAUUCUGUGAGGCGCGCCACCUACAUCCGGAGCGACUGCCGUCUGCCAAGCCCGAGAAAGCCGUCUCCGUACGUCUGCUGGACACGAGUAACGAAACGAUCAAGAACAUCCAGCAGUUGGCUGACAGUCUGAAGAGACUUCUCGUGUACGACCUCAGCCUCAAAACCAUACCAGACGGGCUCCUGGCAAACCUGUUCCACUUAGAGAAACUAGACCUCGGCUUCAACCACCUCAGCGACCAUUCUUUCCCAGACUCCGUGAAAGGGUUGGAAAAUCUGAUCGAAGUGCGUCUGAAUAACAACACUCUGACGGUGAUUCCGCAGUUUCUGCGCAGGCUGAGGAAGCUGAAUCGUCUGGACGUGAGCAGCAAUGAGCUGGAGAGUCUGAAAGGCGUGGAGAGGCUGAAGAGGAUCCAGGUCUUGGUUCUGGACGGAAAUAAUCUCGGGACGGUUUUCAAGGACGUCGCUCACAUGACCAAGCUGGAGAUUCUUCGCUGCAAGGACAACAACAUUCGAGAGAUCACUCCGGAGAUUCGGCAGCUCAAACAGCUGCAGGAUCUAGACAUCUCCAACAACAAAAUUACAGUCCUGCCUAUAGACGUGUUCCUUCUUCCAAAGCUCGAUUCCUUCAACGCCAGCUACAACCAGAUCACCAAAGUGCCUACGUUCAAUGUCAACGUGCAAAGUAAACACUGGGUCUCGAGCAUAGACCUGUCGGAGAACAGUAUGACGAAGUUCCCAGGGCAUCUCAUGCUCAUGUCUAAAAAGCUGGAUCUCAGCAGCAACAAGCUGAAGGUUCUGUCGUGGAAUUCCAUAAAGAAACUGGAGUGGAACACGGAUCAGGAGAUGUUUGUCGAGGAGAAUCCGUUGACAUAUCCUCCAGCGGACGUCUGUGAUUCUGGAUUGCGCUCUAUCAUGUCUUUCUUCCAGGAGUCGCAGGCGGAAGCCAAGACGUAUCAAGGAGUCAAGAUUCUGAUGAUCGGCUCCAGGAAGAGUGGUAAGACGAGUCUGAUCCACUCGCUGAUCGACCAGCAACCUCGGCUGUCGCAGGAGUUUGAAAACAACCUGGGGUCGGUUGGGAUAGAGACCUACGACACCAGCUUUGAUUACGACGUGGAGGAAGGUAGACCUGGUCGAUCCUUGCAUUUGAAUAUCUGGGAUCUCUGUGGUCAUCCCUUCUAUCUGUAUCCCCAUUACCUGUUCCUCGAGCAGCCAUCGAUUGCAAUUCUGACUUUCAAUAUGGCAGAAUACACCGAAGAGAAUUUCGACGAGAUGGUUGGCACCUGGUUUGACUGGAUGAUAGCCAAGACCAACAAGCUUGUCGUCCUUUUGGUCGGGACACACAGCGACCAAGUGCCUAGAGACAAGCUCAGACAUAUAUCAGUAGAGGUUCCAAGGAGGCUGACAAGCCAUUUAGACAACAGACGCAAAAUGAUCCAGGAAAAGAUUAAGGUGAUAGAAGCGAAACCGGAGAUAUCCCCGACUCUGUCAGAACAGUUGAAGACCUACGUGAAACUCCUUCAGGACAGAUGCACCGUACAGACUGAAGUCAUUGUGACCAGUUCCGCCGUCUUCAAAGGAUUCGAUAUACUGAAAAUGUCCAUAGAAGCGCUAGCAAACCAGCAGAAGAUCUUUCCUAAUGUUAUGAGAGUCAUACCAAUAUUCUGGGUGGAGGUGGAGACGUAUCUGGAAGAGAGAGGCAACACAAUGGCGGUUCCAGUGAUGGAGUGGGACGAAUACGCCGCCGAGAUUUCGCACAAAUUUGGUAUGAAGCAUCUAAUAGAUUGCAUCACCCAGUACCUGCACGACACCGGGAAGGUGUUGUGGUUUUCCAAAGUGCCAAAGCUGAAAACUCUCGUCUUUCUCAGGCCUUCGUGGCUGUUCGACAUUUUCCGACAAAUAUUCAGACACGAUUUUGCCGACAAAUACGACUAUCUACAGGAGGAUCGGUUCAAAACAGCUGGGCUCAGUCAGGGCAAAUUUGACCGCUUGAAACAAGAAGUCCUUGCGGAAGGGAUCAUUGACAAGGAUUUCAUCAAAGCAGCAAUUUCAAACUGCUUUUCAAAUGAUCUGAAUAACUCUUUUCAGAAAACCUUGACUCUUCUACACGACGCCUUUGAAAUAGGGUACCCCGUUUCGAAGAGGACGAAAGACAAGUUCCACGUCUUGACUGUAGACAAAGAUGGCGAAGGGAGGUGUAAAAUUUCCAAACUGUUGAUUCCAUGGUUGAGGAAGACUCCCGAACCAAACGAUCUCCGUCAGGAGUGGGACAAGCUGUCUGAACGAAGAAAACUGGCCGUGGUCUUCAAAUUCCCGCGCUACAUGCCUCCAGGACUCUUUGAACUAUUGUGUGUGCGAGCAAACCACGAUAAAUACAAACUGAACUAUGUGUUCCACUGGGGUGGAGGGAUACACGCCACGCACAAGGAGCAUCCGGUUCGCCUCAUUGUCAUGUACAACCGAGAAGGUACCGAAAACCAGAGAGACGUGGUGCUUCGGAUCGAGUCACGUGACAACAGUGACUCGGAUGAUCAGGUUCCAGCCUGCACGAUGUGGGGGAUUAUUCUACCACUGUUACUGGAGUUUGAAGAAAUUCUUAAAGGCUAUGCUGGUAUUUGGGUGGAGCGUCGGAUCGAAUGCCCCCUGUGCGGCACGGCGACUUUCCUGGGGGAGUGGCUCACCCCUAAAGAGACCCAGGGGUUCGCCACGAAGACCUGCGACGCGUGCGGGCAGGAGGUGGACACGGCGUUCCUCGUCCACCCCAGGGAGAAGAAACGAGCGGCAGCAUUAGUUCAGGCGCAGCAGCCUAUUAUCAUAUUUAACGAGGCCGUCACCGAGAGCGAGGACGAGGACGACUCUGUGGCGAGCUUUAAUGACGUCACAGAAUGUGAUGACGACGAUUCAGAUAGUACGACGUCCUCCUGACUUUACGGCGGCGUAAAGGUCGACGACGACGUGGUGCCGCCAUUAUCGGUGACAUCAAUGUCAUUUCCGGUAUGAAUUCUAGAACUCGCAGACGGGAAGCUAUAGGUUUACCGGAUCUAGAGCUACUGCGAGGAUUGGGCAGUUUCCUCGGGUCACGUGAUCUAAAGCCGGAUGAGACUAAGAUGGUAGAAUGACGUAGCAGUAACUAUGACUCGACACAAACUGAACAAACUUUCAGUCUUGGGACUCGAUUGCUAGAUCAAUCUCAAAUGUAUUUUAAGUGAUUUAAAUAGUGAACGAUAUGAAAGGUAAUUAUUUACCUGUGUUUAUGCUGAAUGUCAUUCAUAAACAGGUGUGUUUACUAGGGUUACUGUGGAAUGUCAUAAAACGUGAUGCAUGUACGUUAUAAAAACAAUUCAGGAAAAGAGAUAUAUUUUCAAUGUAAAAAAAUUAAUAUUUAAAAAUGACAUUGUGUUAAUGCCGAAUGUCAUGAAAAACAACAACAUUAAUAGUCACAUAUAUUUGUGUUAAUACCAAAUGUUAUAAAAGUUAUGAGUGGAAAUGUGAUAUGUAACGCGAUGGUUUUUCAUAGGAAUAAAAAUGUCAUAAAAAUUAUAAUUACGUUUAAUGUUAAAUUUCAUGAAACGAAGUUGGCGUGUUUGAAUGAUUAAUGUCAUAAAUUAUAUUUAUGUCUGUCGUGCUGAAUGUCAGGAAAAACGACAUUUACGUUUGUUCAGUGUCGUGAAAAAACCCCAAACAUAUUUUGAGUGCGAAUGCUGAAUAUCAUGAAAAGUGACAUGUUAAUCUUCAGUAUCAUGAACAUAUUUUAAUGUGAAUGCUGAAUGUCACGAAAGUAAUACUUCUAUGUCAGACAUUGUAUUCUGUAUUCUGUAUUCCCUUCGCUUUCUGUUAAAGCGGAUAUUUGUGCCAUUUACUUUGCGAACUGUUAUGCUAGGUUCGGGCUAUCAACUGUCACGACGGAGUUGGCCAACUCGAAAGUUGCGUGGUAUUUCCCUCCACUCCCAGCUUACGACGGGUGUGCUCAGAUUGACAACUAAUCGGUCGUAGGAGUUGUAUACGACGAGAAUCGAGUUGUUAGAGUGUUCAGACUAGCAACUGGACAGUCGUAGAAGUCAUCAGAUCGGCGAGUUGGCCAACUUCGCCGUUGUAUUUGGUAGUUUGAGUUUAGCAUUAUGCUAAACUUAGAUUACCAUCUGCCACAAGAAAGUUGGCCAACUUUCUGCUCUUACGAUUUCUACGACUGUCCAGCGCUCUUACAACUCGAUUCUCGUCGUAUAACCCAUUGUUGUUAGUCUGAGCGCUCUUACAACUCGAUUCUCGUCGUAUAACCCAUUGUUGUUAGUCUGAGCGCUCUUACAACUCUGUUCCCAUCGUAUAAUCCAUUGUUGUUAGUCUGAGCGCUCUUACAACUCGAUUCCCGUCGUAUAACCCAUUGUUGUUAGUCUGAGCGCUCUUACAACUCGAUUCUCGUCGUAUAACCCAUUGUUGUUAGUCUGAGCGCUCUUACAACU